AUGAUCCCACUUCUUGCUUCUGUUCUUCUUGUCUACCUUGUUACAGUUUGCUACCUUAGGUACCGGCGUCUGCAUGCUGUGCAAACCAGGAUCCGUGCUAGCGCUAAGGAACCUAGUCCUUCUGAAGCCCAGUCUGCUUUACAGGGAGCAUUGUUGUACGACGUGCCCUUCUUUACGCGUCUUGGGGCUCAAGUUGCACUCCUCAAAACAUAUGGGAUCCCUUCCAUCCCCGCUCUGCUUUUGAAAACUGGGGAGUUUUCCACAGAACGAAAACUUACGAAGAGGGUUACGGAUAUGAAUGCAUUUCCUGCACCUCUGACGGCCUUGCUUAUCUCCACUUUCAUCUCUUGUCCCUUGGAGCAUUCGCUAACGACAGCGGAAUCAACACCGUGUCUCGGGCCGAGGGGCAAUAUUGCGCUUGCCCGAGUGAAUUGGCUGCAUAGACGCUACAACAUCCGUCUAGUAGCACGCCUCGAUUGGCGUCCGUACAGCCCGGAGGAAGCAAACUGUAACUUCCUCAUGUGGAAGGAUAUCGGUUGGCGCAUGAACAUCAAAGAGAUCCCUGGGACUCUUGGUGAAUUAGAGGAUCGGAGCAGACAAUAUGAAAGCACCCAUAUGGUCCCGUCAGAGAGUAGUCAUCAGCUGGCCAACAUGGCACUGGAGUACAUGAGCACCCGAGUGCCAAAUAUACCUGGUGCAAGAUCAGAUCUGAGAGGCUCGGGUCUAUCCAGGCUCCCUUCACCGUCAAAAUAUGCACAGACCUUCGUCAAGACAGCUCUGGCAGUUCGAGCCUUUAUCGUCAGAAAUUUCAUGCUUCCUCAAUUCAAACCUCAGGGAUACAUCGUUGUCGAGAAUCCUCCAUAUAGCAUAGACUCUGAUGGUCUCAUGCGUCUUCAUAUGGUUGUCCGAAGGCACUAUCCAUGGUAUUAUCCUAUCCCAACAGGUUGGCGCCAGAUUUUUGAUCGGCUGCUUGGCCUUACCAAAGGCGAUCUUUAUCCUGGAGCCACGUUCCAGUCGGAGGGAUAUCGCUUGGAGGAACUGGGGCCAAUUAGGUUUGAGCAACAUGGACACAAAGAAGUGAUGAAGGAAGCCGAAGAACUAUAUGGAGCACCGGUCGAGAAACCUUGGGCCCGUUGA